GUCAAAGCAAUUGUCAGCGAUAGCUACCAAAAAGCACACGUAGUCAACAAAUAAACAAAUUAUUACCACAAUUUUCGCAAGAAAAAUCAAGGUUUGCACAAUGAAAUUCCCAGCCAUAACGCUCUGCUGCGGUUUGGCGCUGAUGUCCGGCAUAGCUGGCAAUUCGGUGUCCAACAACGACACGGAUUGUCCGCAAAUAUGUCCGGCUCUCCAUCAACCGGUUUGUGGCUUCGAUGGUUUCAAUCUCAAGGAAUUCGCUAACCCCUGCAGUCUGAAGGCCAGCAAUUGCCGCCGUGAACGCAGUGCCCUGACGACCUAUACCCAAACGGACAUGGACUGGUGCAGCACCCAGGAAGUUACCAAUCUACAAGAGCAAUUGAAACUCAAUUUGGAUGUUGGACCCUGCGUUAAACCCUGUCCCAUGAUAUACCAGCCUCUGUGCGUGUCCAACGGCAAAUACCGUGGCCUCGUGCCCAGCGAGUGCCUUCUGUCCAACUACAACUGCGUCCUUAUGAAUGCCGGCAUUCCACCCAAUGAGCUGCUCCGCGUUCUAAAAGCUGAUUCAUGUGAUUUGUCACCAAAUGAAAAGGCAAACAUUUAAUUUGAAUUCAAUAAUUAUUUGAGAAAAAAUAGACCAAUCCUAUUUUCAAAUAA